GCCGCCUCUCAGUGGUGGCAGGACCGUCGCGGCCGCCCGGGUCAACGGCAACCGAACGCUGCGCCGAUACUGCCAAAAACCCCUCCGACCAGGAGCGGAUGCCGGCACCGGAGCGGCCGGCGGCCGGCGCGUUCGUGCUGGCGCCGACACCUGCCCAGCUGGGUCGGGCGCCCCUGCAGCGGCGGCUGGGCUCCAGCGGCAGCGCCGGCGAGCCGCCGCCGGCGACGGCCGCGGCGCGUCGUCCGUCGGCCGGCGCGUCCACGCCGGCGGCCACAGCCACCUCCGGCGCCCAGCCGACAGCGACGUCAGCCGCCGCCGCCGCUCGGCGCAGCCCCGACCACAUGGACAAGGUGCUGGAGCAGGUGAAUUUCUCUGAGAAGUUUACCCGGCUGCCGCAGUUUCGUCCCGGCGAGAUACCUUCUCCUUCGGCGCUGAGUCCGCGCGUGACGCCCUCGCAGCGACGACGCCGCGCCGACGAGAGCGGCUCGGAGGUGGACACGCCCGGCGUGGGCGGCACUCCGCGCGGCACCAACACACCGCUGUCGGCCAGCCUGCACGGCAGCCGCUUCUUCGGUCCCGACUUCUGCACGGACAAAGUCAAAGAACUGAGCGAGCCGGGCGGCCAGUGCUCGCCGGCCCGCUCGCCGCGCACUCCCGGCGGCGACAAGUCGGGCUCCCUGCGGCGCAUUCUGGACCAGCGGCGCAGUCUGGUGCUACAACUGUUCCACGAACAGGGCGGCUUCUACCCAUCCAGUCAGGCUAUUGCCACUUUUCAGAACGAACAUGCCAACCUGUUUCCCAACAAGCAGAUGCUGGUACUGAAGAUUCGCGAGGUUCGCCAGAGACUAAUGCAGAACGCUGCUCAGGAGAGCGCUCCAGCACAUUCCGUCGAGGCCACCGAAUGAUGAGAGCGGCUCAACAGCCGUCUGGGAGCAGCACUGACGGCCAUCGGUACUUCUCGGAGCCAACGAGGACAUGGUUUAGGCGGAGAAGCUGGGGUCAUGGCUGGGGCCGGACCGUUCGGUGGCAGACAGAGCCGCGGCGAUUACGGCGGCCGACACGACGCCCAAGCCGCUCCCGUGUCGGGGGCAGCGGUUAUUUUAAGGUCGGUCGUGAAUGCUUUGUACAUUCACCAGUGUAAACUAACGUCACAAGAGCCAAAUGAGAUGUGCGCAGGUCUCAGCUAGAAUGUGACUGGUGGCCUUGGCCAGGGAUGACAGGGCGCUAGUGAUCGUCGAGAUUUGUGAUUGGUCGACUUUCGGCGGGAUUAGGUAACGGUUGCAUCAUUUUCACUAGACGGACGACCUGUCGAAGGAUGGACGACAUCGGCGUGUUUUCCAUGCUGCAUGCUAUGUACUUCACCUUUCAUUUCAUUUUACGGCUGGGGUUCGUGUUGAUUUUGUUGGAAGCUAAUCAAUUACGACAUUGCUUACAGGAGCCGUAGAGCUCGUUAAAAAUGAGCAUAUGGUUAAAAGUAGUUCCGCUUAACGAGUCGGGUGGCGCAAAUGCUGCAGGUGCAGGUGGUGUCCGUCCAACCCGGCGGCUGGCUGGGGUGUCGUCACUCCGCGGGCCGAAGACGACCUUCUUUAAGCUUUAUUUGUCAAGUGGCAUCAUGUAUGCGAUCAACUAAGGUCAAAUGGCAGCUUUUGUGAACCCAUCAUCACAUUGUGAUCUUUUUUCUGUUGCAAGGCUAUGACAACAGCUAAGGUCAUAAGUCGGGGUGCUGCCUCAUGCGUCUUUACUUUUUCGUCGGUGCCUCGGAUAUGGGAGAGGGGGAGGGGGAGGUGGACGAUCACGACGAACGCUGGUGAUAUUCAACGGAGGUGACUCGAGUCAGAGACUAACUUAUCACUAUUUAUCGGGGACUAGAACCAAACCAAAGCUGAGAUUUUGCUGCGGCGCGCGUGUUCUGGAGUGACGCGGUGUACUGACGGCUGCUCCGGCGGGCUGUGACACGGACGGUGACGACGCCUCACCGAUACCGCUGGCACAGAGCCGAGGUCACGGUGUGGCGCCAGCAGGUGCCAGUAGCGCUGUGCCAGGCGCUCAGCCUGUAUUCCUCUCGCGUAGAUUUGGGCUUAUGUUAUGACGGUUGUACAUUUGUUUAUGGAAACAGGCGCACACCGCAAACUCACACAAAGGGAGAGAAAGAGAGGGAGAGAAAGCAUACAUACAUAUACAUGC